AUGGCUCACCAAGUCCGCCCUGGCCGCGAGCUGCUGCUGGCCACGCUGCUGGCCACACUGCUGGCGGCAGCAACAUCAGCGGCACCGGCCCGUCUGCUCCCCAUGCUCACGUCGGGCCGUGGCUCUCUGGACAGAGAGGUGCUGGGCGGCCUGUUAAAUACACUAGCGGCCCGUGUGCACUGUGCCUCUGGGCCGUGUGGAAAGUGUCUGUCCGUGGAGGAUGCCCUGGCUCUAAGCUGGACUCAGAAGUCCGGGAUCACUGAGGAGUCCUCCAUCCUGCAUGCUGGGGACAUCGCCCGCCUCAGUGCUGCUGCCGCCCUCUACCUCAGCAACCCUGAGGGCACGUGUGUGGACAUCCAGGCCGGCCGCUGGGGCUCCCAUGCUGACCACCUCCUGGCUUCACUUGAGGCACCCGAGAGCCUGACCCUGGGACUAAGCCUGCUCCUCCGGAAGAUGCAGGCCCAGUCGGGCACCCCCCACACAGAUGAGGAGGCUUGUGUGGCAGUGUCUCAGCUGCUGGAGGAGGCCACUGCAGAAGGCCCUGGGGGUCCUGGCCCUGCCCUGACAGCCCUGCUGGACCAUGUCCAGAGCGGUGACUGCUUCCAAGCCCUGCCCACCCCAAAGUACUUUGUGGACUUCGUGUUCCGGAAGCACACUAGCGAGGCCCCCAACAUCACUCUGUCUGAGCUGGCCACCUUGAUGGAGCGCCUAGGGGUGGGCAGAAAGGCAGAGGCACAUGACUACAGAAUCCACAGCGUCCACAGUGACCACAGCAUCCACAGCCACCGCAGCCACCAGGGCCCUGUGCCCUUCACCACCCUCAAUAGCACCUCCAGUGUGUGGGACACGGUGUGCCUGAGCCCCAGGGACGUGAUGGCUGUGUAUGGACUGUCCGAGCAGGCCGGGGUGGCCCCCGAAGCCUGGGCUCCACUCAGCUCUGCUCUGCUGCAGCAGCAGCUGAGUGGAGCCUGCAGCCCCCAGCCCAGACCCCACAGCCAGGACCAGCUCAGCCAAGCGGAGAUGUACCUCUAUGCCUCGCUGGCCACACUGAUUGUCUGCCUGCUGCCCAUGGUGGGUCUGGCUCUGCUGGUCUGCACAAGCUGCCCCCGGGCCACCCACUAUGUCAUCCAGACCUUCCUCAGCAUGGCGGUGGGCGCCCUCACCGGUGACGCCCUCCUGCACCUGACACCCCAGGUGCUGGGCUUGCACAGCCACGACCAUGACCACAGCCAUGUCGGGGAGGCUCUUGGUCCCCAGUCCACCUGGUACCUCCUGGCCAUGCUGGGUGGCCUCUAUGCCUUCUUCCUGUUUGAGAACCUCUUCAACCUGCUGCUGCCCCUGGACCCAGAGGACCUGGAGGACAAGUCCUGCAGCCAUGGCCACAGCCACAGCAUGUCCCUGCAGCUGAAGCCCAGCCAACUCCGGCCAGCCCGGCAGUCCCAGGAGGGCUCCAGAGCAGACCUGGUCGCUGAGGAAGGCCCUGACCUGCUUAACCAGGAGCCCAGAAAACUCAACCCAGAGCUGCGGUUGCUGCCCUACAUGAUCACACUGGGCGACGCCGUGCACAACUUCGCUGAUGGGUUGGCCAUGGGCGCCGCCUUCGGAUCCUCCUGGAAGACAGGGCUAGCCACGUCUUUGGCUGUAUUCUGUCAUGAAUUGCCUCACGAGCUGGGGGACUUCGCGGCCUUGCUACACGCGGGGCUGUCGGUGCGCCGUGCGCUAUUGCUGAACCUGGUCUCCGCGCUCACGGCCUUCGGUGGCCUCUAUGUGGCGCUGGCGGUCGGCGUCAGCGAGGACAGCCAGGCCUGGAUCUUGGCGGUGGCCACUGGCCUCUUCCUCUAUGUCGGGCUCUGCGACAUGCUCCCGGCCAUGCUGAACGUGAGGGACCGGCGGCCCUGGCUCCUUUUCCUGCUGCACAACGUCGGCCUGCUGGGCGGCUGGGGCAUUCUCCUGCUGCUGUCCGUGUAUGAAGAUAGAAUCACCCUCUGA